AUGGCUUCCUUUGCUCGCCCAUCGCUGCUUCGACAGACCCUUGCGAACACCCGGUCGCCUCUGCUGCGCCAGAAUGUGGGUGUGUCGCAAGUGGUCGCUUUCCAUGCCUCCGCCCGGAAGCAGAUCCUGCCUCCGUUGCCUCAGAAGCUCGAUGGAACCGUGAACGACCCCGUUCCUACCCCCGCCCCUCACCCCAUGGAGGGCAGCUACCACUGGACUUUUGAGAGAGCUGUCAGCGUGGGCCUCGUUCCUUUGACCAUUGCUCCUUUCGCCGCAGGCUCUCUCAACCCCGUCAUGGACGCCGUUCUCUGCACCCUCCUCGUUGCUCACUCGCACGUCGGCUUCCAGGCCGCUAUCAUUGACUACUUCCGCCCCCAACGUGUGCCCAAGACCAACGCCUUCUGCAACUGGCUCCUGCGCGCCUUCACUCUCACCACUGCCGUCGGUCUCUACGAGUUUGAGACAAAUGAUGUGGGUGUGACCGAGGCUCUGCGCCGCAUCUGGAACGCAUAG